AUGACCGAGGAAACAGCUGCUGCACCACCGUCCGACGUGCCCCAAUUCUCCUUCAAAAAACGCUCCGCCAAGGCCAAGGCCAAUUUCAGAAAGAAGCCCGAGUCGCCGCCACCCGCUGCCUCCGAUUCCGACUCCGAUUUCACCUCAGACGACGAUGAAGAAGGUCGCAAGGUCAAGCGUCGUCGCAAGAAUGUCGCCGUAACGGCAUCGUCAGCUACAGAUGCGAAUAGCAGGAAAGUAGCGGCCGCAGACGAGCAACCUACCGGUACCGCCACCACGACCGCUCCAUUGAAUCAGACAAACGACGCGACGAAACAGUCCAACUGGUACGAUGAGGAAGAUCUGAGUGAGAAAAAUCUGCUAGGCACAACCCGGCCCAAGCCGGGGUCAUCAGCAGCCCCGGUUGGUACCUACAAAGGCGCGGCGAAUUACCAGUCUUUCAUCCAGAAGAACCCCAAUGCGCCAAACAAGCAAUUCGGCCCCAUCAAAGCCCCUACGAAUAUCCGCACAAUCACCGUGAUGGACUUUGCGCCCGACGUCUGCAAGGACUGGAAACAGACCGGCUUCUGCGGUUUCGGCGACUCGUGUAAAUUUCUGCACGCCCGUGAAGACUACAAACAAGGCUGGGAACUAGACCGCGACUGGGAAAUCGGCACAAAGGGCAAACAGCUAGGUGGCAAGGUAGUAUCGGCGCGAAAAGGUGGGGCAGCGCAUGAUAACGAAGAGGACGACGAAGAUGAGGAGGACGAGUUUCUUGAAAGUAUUCCGUUUGCGUGUAUUAUUUGCCGGAAGCCAUAUAGUAACCCCAUCGUCACCAAGUGCGGGCAUUAUUUCUGCGAAUCGUGUGCGUUGCAGCGUUACCGCAAGAGUCCAUCCUGCGCGGCUUGCGGUGCGGGGACGGGCGGUGUGUUCAAUACGGCCAAGAAAUUGAGCCAGUUGCUUGAUAAGAAGCGGGAACGCGCGCGGAAGCGGCGUGAGCAGGCUAUCGCUGCUGGAGAGGAGGUGAGCAGUGAAGAGGAGGAUGAGGCGGAGGACUCGUGA